CGCUCGCCCGCCGUGAGAGCCACCAGCAAGCGGACUGGAUCCUGAAGCUGCGCAACGCGAGCCGGGUGCACCGCCGAGCAAGGCAGGAGUCCCUCGCCCUGCAGAAGGGGGUGCAUCCCUCGACUGUCGACGCGAUCGCCUCGGUGCUGCGGUUGCUGAAGCGCAAGGCAGUCGACCCGCUUUACGACUGCCUCGCAGAUGGCAGCUUCAACUGGGAGCCCGAGGCGGUGGUGGACGAGGGGCGUUCAGUGGCGCAGAAGCCGCGAGGCGGGGCGGCGGCGGCACGCCAGCAACACUCUGAGCAUGGGCCGAGCAUGGGACACGCGAUUGCGCCGUUCGGCCAUCAGGCCGGCGCUGUGGCGGCUCGCCCAAUGACUGUGCCGGUCGCCGCCCCGUCCAUCUCCGGCGUCCAGCAGGGUGGGCUUGCCGUUGAUUUGCGGCAAGACGCGCCGCUCGUCCAGCAGCCGGCCGUGCGAGCCGACGAGACGCCCCAGCUCCGGGCGUUGCCGGUUGGCGCAGAGACGGGCUCUGGCAGUGCACGCGGCAUGCCGUGCGUGCUGAGAAUCUGCAAGCUGAUAUGUCGACUCCAAGCCAGUGCGCCCACCCGCGACCCCGCGCUCACCGCCGGCACUGCCCCCGCCGGCACUGGCGACGCGGACAGCACGGUGGCGGCGCCGCUCAAGGCGCCGUCAGCCGCGGACACCGGCACUGCCGCCGCCGCUGCUCCCUCUGCUGCCACCUAACCUAAGGGGGUGUACGUGUACGUGAUCGACCUGUGUUGGACCGCUGUUUUGUUUUUAUUUUUACCACAUUUGGAUCAAAUGACUC